AUGCCAUCAAUGGACGAUCGCCACAAAGCUAAUGGGGCAAGACUUAAUCGGCUGCUCAUUGAUUUGGGAACUGAAGCAAUGAGAAUGUUCUUUGAUUCUAUCCACCAUCCCGCAACAUUAACUGCCGCACUAAUUACUAAUCAUGCUCUUCUACUGCGACUACAGAGACGCGGUGUUGUUAAACCCGAUCAAAUGCUUAUCUUGUUUCCACCUAUACCGUUGGUACCAUCAAAAUCAGGGGAUUAUGAUAUCACUUUAUUGUACAUACUGCUUCGUAACAUUUGUGGCCUCCACCCACCUACAUCUACUGGGUCAUGGGAUAGGCUACCUCCAUUAACUGACCCAUCUUUGGAAGCCGAUUUGGCGAGAAUCAAAUAUUAUAGAAAUAAAAUUUACGGUCAUAUCACCAACACAAAAGUUGACGAUGUUAAGUUUCAGUCUUACUGGAAUGAUAUUUCCGGUGCUUUGUCCAGACGGGGAAUUAGUGCCAAUGAGAUCCGUAAAAUUAAAACAAAUCCACUUGAAGAAAAUAAAAACAGACAAUUCUGGAGAGGCGCAGUACUACUAAUUGUAGUGUCGCUUUUAUUUAUUUAUGUAAUGCUUCCAAACUUUUGGAAAGAAGUGCAAAUUUCAUCCGCACUAGAUUUUUCUUCUCGUUUAAACAUUUUGAAGGAAGAUUUUAUUGGACGGGAAUUGAUUUUCCGAGAAUUAGAAGAAGCCGUCAAUAGAACUCAAUUUGAUGUCGUUAUUUUAGGCGACCCUGGUUCCGGUAAAUCAGCUAUAAUGUCACAAUUGAUAAGCUCGCCGACGUCCAGUCCAUUCAUUCAUAAUAAUAUCGUUGGUUAUCAUUUGUGUAAAUUCGAUGAAGAAAGAACGCGUGAUGGAACGAGAUUUGUGAAUACUUUGGUGGAACAACUUUCUAGAAUACCAGAAUAUGAAAGCGUUAUUAAGCAACAGCGUUUUCAGAACGAACUGAAGAAUAACUGUGAGAAAGAUCCAGUUGGCUGUUUUGAUACAAUAAUAUUUGAACCUUUGACAACCAUAAAAUUAGACCUACAGGAUACUACAAAAUUUAUUAUUAUUGAUGCGUUAGAUGAGUGUAUAGAGAAAAGUGAGAAAAGAUCACAGAUACUUACUAUCGUCCAGAAUAAAAUGACAAAAUUGCCUUCUUGGAUAAAACUAAUAAUUACUUCCCGUAACAAAACAUCACUCAUUGCCAAGUUACCAACAUUUGAAAAAGUUGUUAUUAAUUCAACAGACCAACGCAAUUUAAACGACAUUCGGUCUUAUGUAGACCAUGUUCUGCUUGGAAACGACCGUUUUAAGAAUGAGUCUGUGAUGGAAUGUGUAGAGAACUUGAUUGAACAACUAAACAAUACUAAGGAAGGAAAUUUCCUGUAUUUUAAAACAUUGCUUCAAUAUUUAAAGAAAAAUGAUUGUUACAAACCAGGCCAAGUGCCACAAACGUUAGACGAGCUUUACGGACGUUCGUUCAGAGAUCGAUUUUUAAAGGAGGACUUUGAACGUUUUGCACCACUUUUUGAAGUUCUUCUUGCUUCAAACGCUCCUCCUACCAUAACUGAACUCGAAGCGAUUUUGAUAUUUCGAAAUGACGAAUACAACACACGAAGAAUUAUCAAGCAAGUGUCUGAAUUCUUGGAUGAGAGGGAUGGAACUGUUCGGUUUUACCACAAGUCGUUUGCGGACUGGUUGGUGACCCAAGCUGAGGAUAGUGACGGACUUUUUAUUAAAAAAUCUAGUGGUCAUCAAUAUAUUGUAAAUUAUCUCUUGGAGAAAAUAAAUACUACUUUAACUCUUCAAGAAUUAUCAGAACUCUCUAUGCACGUGUUAUUCGGAGGGAUGCAGGAGGGACAAGUAAAGAAACUGCUGGAUUUGAACGUCGGCGAAAUCUGGGAGCCACGAACUGGCAAAUACAUUUUGCACGUCCUUGCAGAAAAAAGAAAAAGCACAAAGAUUAUUGAAAAAUUCUUAAAGAAGUUUGAUUCUGUUGAUAUGUUAGAUACUAAUGGACUGACUCCUUUAUGGUAUGCUACGGGCAGUGGGAGCUUUAACAACGUUAAAUUAUUUAUUGAUAACGGAGCCGACCUCUACAGCACGCAUCAUAAUAACUGGUUUAAUCCAAUUUCAGAAAUAGCAGCGAAAGGCUAUACAGAAAUCGCCGAAUUCUUAAUCGACAAUGGAGCAGACUUUGACAAGGAAAACCGAUUUAGAGAGAAACCGAUGACCGUGGCGGCAAAAAGCGGCCAUCUUGACUUAGUUGAACUUUUAAUUGAUAAAGGAGUUGAGGCUGACGUCAUUGCACUUCAUCAUGCUGCUGGAAAUAAUCACUCCAAUAUUGUGAGGUUUCUUCUUCGUAACAAAAUACGCGAUGAGUGCCUAGAGUGCAAACCAGAUACAAACCUUUCAUCUUGUUUAACUGGCGAAAAUUUGAAUUUCCAGCAAUUCCAUCAAUGUUUCUGUGAGACCGCACUACAUGCUGCUGUGCACGAGGGUCAUCUUCACAUAGCCGAGCUUCUACUUUCACAUGGAAAGGACUCCCUUGAGUGUAAACGUCGUUCAGGAAAAACUCCAUUACUGGAAGCUGCUGAAAGGAACGAUACAGAGAUGGCAAUAUUGCUUUUAAACGAAGGCGCAAACAUUGACGCUGUUUGCGAAGACUCAAUAAAUGAGAAUGACUAUUUAGUUGAUGAAUAUGAAUUCGCGAAAUCGAAGAAAUGGUAUUAUCAUUCUCCUGCCUAUAUCAAAGACAAAGGUGUUUGUCCUUGGGGAACCCAAAGUAUCCACCAUUUUGCAAGACAUAAAUCGUGGGAAAUGGUGAAAGGAUUAAUUUCGAGAUGGAAAGCAAAUCCGUUUUCCGAGAAUUUGCAAGGAUUGACCUCUGUAAGUUUUGCAAUAAUGCAAGAUCGUGUUGAUCUUAUUCAGUAUUUUAACGCCACAUACCCAGUCAUGAUGACCAAAUUUAUCACCAAUGACACAGUUCAGCGUCAUAUGACUCUCUGCGGUUCUGUGGAAAUUCUGAAAUUACUUAUCAGCAUUGCAAAUACAAGUGUUUUGCAAACCGUGUACGAAGAUGGAAUGACAUUGCUACAUUUAGCAACUCAAUGGUCUCCUUAUCCACCGACAGUUCUCGUUCUUGGAAGACCACCAUUAUGUCCACAAGUUGGUUUUUUUGAUGUUCGGUAUGUUAACGAUUACAAAAAACGCUUAACGAUAGUAAAGUUGUUAACCAAAUUGCAACAAAACAUUGUCAAGAAAGAUAAACAUGGAAGAACUGCUCUUCAUUACGCCGCUGAAAAUGGGUUCGCAGGUGCAGUUAGACAUUUAUUACGCCAGGGAAGCAACUGGGAGGCCAAAGGUUACUCCGUAAUCAGAGACAAUCCUUUGGCAUUAGCAUUGAAAGAAUCACCUUCAUACCCUCUUCAUUUUCUUCCUUGUCGAACAACAAAUGAUGGAGUGUUUCAAUCCUGUAACAGUACAAUGUAUGACGAAACAGCGAGGAGCCUGAUCAUUCAACAGCAGUCGUUGAUAAAGAAAUGUAGAAAAGGCACUAAACGUUUGCUCCGUACACUGGUGGAAAAAAAUAUGCCUUUGAGCUUGUAUACCGUACUUAAAAUUGGCGUUGAUACUAACUGCGAAAUCGAACUAUUCAAGACGCAUCUCGCCAUCACAAGAGGUCCAAUAGGUGAGCGUAGCCGAGAAAUUAGCGAGGUUUUUAAAAUCUUUCAAGUCAAUGUAACCGUGGAAUGCGGAAUUCCUUUUGUUGUAUCAGAGUUACACCUUAUGGCGUAUUUAGGAAAGAUUAAUGACACUGGAAAUUUCUUCAAACUCUCCAUCGACAACCGAUCCUUUCCACUUCAAAAAUUAAUUCAUAUCCACCCCAAAGGUAUUCGGAUUUUUGACGAAUGUCGUGACGAAGAGGGAUAUUUAGCAAUCCACAGGGCAGUGCAGGGUGGAAACGCCGAUGCCGUUGGUUUGUUUAUUAGUUUGGGUGUUGAUAUUUCUAAGAAAACAAGAUCUGGUUGGAAUGCUCUUGAUCUUUCUAUUUUCUACCUAGUGCCUGAGCGAUUUUCAAGACGAACAUUAGAAGAAGAUGACCUCUCGCAUCUUGUGCGUUUCUUUUUUUUUCGCAAACAUCAUCAACCGUUGUAUGUACAAAUUAGUCGACAGCAUGACUUACCUGAUUAUACCGAAGCCGCCUUUUUAGUCCAGGACCUACGAGAACUUGUAUUCGAGAAAUUGCUUGAACAAUCCUUGAAAACAAUUAGCGACAACGGCUCGACCAGUUUCUCCUGGUGCAAAUCUGAGUUUACGGCACUCUCGCCACUUCACAUCGCCGCAUCUCGGGGAAUGGAAAUGCUUCAAUAUGUUCGCAAAAAGGCUCGAAGCUUGCCAAUUCACUGUACCAAUAAACAUGGUGUUAGGCCUCGCUAUAUGGCGUAUUUGUACGAAAACAUAGAAAACGCCGAGACAAAUCGAAAAAUUUUUUUAGAAACUCCAGGUUUUCCUAUCGAAGGACGAUCGUUACAAUAUCCUGAACGUAAUGCGGAAUAUCAUCUCAUUUACAACCAUUUUUUCCAAACCCCGGUUGUAGACUUAAGCUACGAACUAGAUGUUGAAGGCCUGUUCAAAUGCCAUGGUAUAAAUGAUUUUCUUCCUAAACAAACAGCAAUGGAGAGGCUAAUAGAACGAUGCAGUAAUUCCUGUGGGCGUCAAUCUGCAUCGCAAGUCAGCCAAAAGCCCAGCUUUUUGCCACAGAUAAUGGAAUCAUAUUGUGGUUCUCGUAAAUGUCGUUGUGUGGAAAUCAUGCGACUGUUACAGAAACAGUUUUUCAGCCAACCGAGAAGGAACAAACGAGUGGGUAAAUUUGUAGCAAAAAGAAUGGGAUGGAAUGAUACCUCACCCGAUGGUGAUGUCAUGUACCGCUGGCCAUUUCGCUUUCUACUCAUGAAAGCAUUGAAGACAGACAAAGAAUAUGAAUAUCUCAAGAUCGUUGGUGAGGAUUUAGAACCCAUUGUUUCAUAGGCGUACACAGGGCCGGCGCUAGAACGCUAAUUGGGGGUGGGGUGUAUAUUCAUAUAUUCAUGUUCUGCAUUAUUAACUUCUUUUGAAAUCCAUUGUUGCGGUCAGUGACCAUGAAUGUAUGAAAUAAAUUGAAUAUACUCCCCCCCCCCCCCCCA